AUGUUGUACUUCAUCAACCUCCUCUUGUGGGCAACGCUGGCCCUUUCCAUCCCAACCGGCGAGAACAUCCACCGGCGAAAGGAAGACAGCCGCUGGGUCGCGACAUGGACUUCGAUGCCUCAAGCGGUAGAGCCAGCGAACCUUCCGCCUUCACCUUUUAACGGAGCAACCGCUCAGUUCGCAAAUGCAACCCUCCGCCAAACCUUCCACGUCUCUGUCGGCACAUCUCGCCUCCGAGUCCAGCUCACAAACACCUUUGGCGGCUCCGAUCUGCCCAUCACAGCAGCCUCAAUUGCCCUUACCGCCAACGGCGCUGCAGGCGUUUCGGGCAUCGAUACUUCGACCCUCAAAGGACUUACUUUCUCCGGUUCCCCGUCCGUGGUAGUCAAGAAAGGGGCUGCCGUGUACUCUGACCCCGUCAACUUCGCUGUCGCGCCUCAGACGAAUGUUGCUCUUAGUGUGUACAGCCAGCAGGGUCAGUUGGGAGCAACGAUCACGGGGCACCCAGGCAGUCGCACGACUUCGUGGAUGCAGACGGGCAACAAGGUAAACGCCUCGUCUGUCGCCGGGACAAGCACGAAGCAUUGGUUAUUCGCCAGCGCCAUCGAGGCAUGGGCUCCCAAGAGCACGUCCGCCAUGGUCAUCCUCGGUGACAGCAUCACCGACGGUCGUGGGAGCGACGAUGACAAGAACAACCGGCAAAAGCAGAACAUCACCAACGUCGGCAUCGCAAACCAAGCUGCAGGCGGAAACGCCAUCCUCAGUGGCGGUCUCGGUCCCACCCUCCUAUCCCGUUACAAACGCGACGCUCUCACCCAACAAGGCGUCUCUCAUGUCAUGAUCUUUGAGGGCGUGAACGAUCUAGGCCCCAGCGCAGCCGACGCUGCGUCUCAGCAACGCGUCGGCGACGGGCUCAUUAGCGCGUACAAGCAGAUCGUAGCGGAUUGUAAGAAGGCGGGGUUAGUGACGAUCGGCGCAACGAUCACGCCGUUCGCGGGCAGCGGGCAGUCGUACUCGGACCCGGCGCGAGAGCAGACGAGAUUGCGGGUGAACAAGUGGAUUCUGGAGAGCGGGACGUAUGAUCACGUCGUGGAUUUCGCGGGGUUCAUCGGUGAGGGAGACAAGCUAAAAGCGCAAUUUGAUGGCGGUGAUCACUUGCAUCCGAACGUGGCUGGAUACCAGGAGAUGGCCAACAGGUUUCCGUUGGACAUAUUCGAGAGCUAA